AUGGAACAAAUCAUUUCUACAAGAGUAUUCAUUAAUCUAUUAUCAUCAACUUUCUUUUUUGUUUUUCUACCUGUUAUUAGCUUUAUUUUCCUAAAACAUAUACUUAUCUCUUUAAAACGACAUCGUUUUCCACCAGGUCCUAGGCCAUGGCCUAUCAUAGGCAACAUUCCUCAUGUUCGAGAAAAGCCACAUAUUUCAAUGGCAAAACUUGCCAAACUACAUGGCCCAAUAUUUUCACUAAGGCUUGGCUAUCAACUUGUCGUUGUUGGUUCUUCGCCGGCCGUAGCUGCUGAAAUUCUCAGAAAGAAAGAUCGUUUUCUUUCUGGUAGAUUUGUUCCAAAAGCGAUUCCUCGACCAAGUCAUGAACUUGAUCGUAUAGCGCUAGUUUGGAAUCCUUCAUGCAGUGAUCAAUGGAAGUCAUUAAGAGCUUUAUCCAGGACUGAGCUUUUCUCUGCUAAAGCAAUUGAAUCAAAGGCUGCUUUAAGAGAACAGAAAGUAUCAGAGAUGAUAGAGUUUUUGGGUAUUAAACAAGGACAAGUAGUGAAUGUUGGAGAAGUUGUGUUUGCUACUGUUUUUAACUCAAUUUCUAAUCUUUUAUUUUCUAAG